GAGUCGUGACAAAGAGGAAGAAGAAACUCGAAUGUCGGAGUGGCAGCGAUUGAAAGACGAUGAGAAUGAACGUUUACUUAAAGAAAGCAGAACUAUUUCUGAUAUUCUUUUGUUUCAAAUGUCGAUGUUUACAGAAAUCUUCCAUCCCAGUUGCUUCAGUUUUUCUCGUGGCUCUCGGCGACUUUAAGUUUUUCCUUUGUAAUGAAAACUGACGAUGAUUGUUUUGUUAACCUGGAGACCAUCUUACAGCUUUCGUACUGAUUGGUUAAUCAAGAGACAGGGAAAAUGGGCCGAGCCUGAUUAUCCGGGAGUGGCUUAUCCGACAUUUGCCUGCGGUGCGGGCAGCAUUAUAUCUUCGGAUAUUGUUCACUGGCUGACAAAAAACGAGAAAUCUCUAAAACGUUAUCAGGGGGAGGAUGUCUCUAUGGGUAUUUGGUUAUCAGCUAUUGCUCCUGAAAUUUAUAAGGAUGAGCGAUGGUCGUGUUUCGGGGAUUGUCAGAUGGAAAUGUUUACCUUGCCCGAGCAGGAUGCCGAUUCUCUUCUCUAUUUAUGGGAAAACUUUAUGUCCUGCGGUAAUCCUUGCAAAUGUUGAGGAGUUAAUCUUUAUGUGGAAACAUCUUCGUGGUAGUCAAGUUGUACCACAGUUCAUUGUCAAAUCUCAUCUUUCCUGAAACAGGAUCCAUAAAUAUUCUCUUCAGUAGAACACACGGCCAUAUUCCUCCAAGAAUCUUUUCAAUAUCACGAGGAUUCAACAGAAACGUUUGACAUGACCGUUAAAGUUUCUUCAUCGGAAACGCUACUACCGUUUGGUAGGGCGAUAAAACGAUCAGCGUUUUUAAUAUCUUCUAUUAAACUUCCACCUCUUUC